AUGAUUCUGGCGACGACCGGCACCGCGAAUUUCACCAUUUUUGGCUUCUACUAUAGAUUGUGUGCAAUUACAUUGAACCAUUGGAUUUUCAAACAUCCAUACUACGUGCCGAUGAUCGCUGCGGCGCAAUUUCUGCUGGCGAUGCCGAUCAAUACUGUGUCUUUCACGCUAAUGUGGCCUAGUCGUACGGAAAUGGAGACUUGCCCCUCGACCUCAUCCGUUUUCAAAUACAAUGUGAUUCUCUUGGUCGACUCAGAGAAUCCAAAUUUCCAACGACUUAUGCUUACUUUCAAUUGUGAAAUGGCUCUAAAUAUACUGAUUACCGCGUAUUCUGUGACUGGUGUAUUUAGAUCUAUCAAUUCAAACGAGCUUCGAGCAAGGAUGAGUGAAAAAACGCGAAAGCUCAACAAGCAACUCACGAAAAGUUUAAUUUUUCAGAUUGUGUUCAUGUUCUCUAUGUACACUUUCAUGAGGAUCCCACCGAACUACAAUUCAAUUGUGGUCCAGUCACUCGUGCCGCUGCUUCUGCCGCGAAUAUUGUCAAUU